UAAAAUUAAAUGAGGUAAUCUUUAUUAUCAUGUGGCUCAGGUAUGCAAUUCAAGGACAAAUUAACAAUUAGCAAUUUUUACAAUCAGCCAGACUUGAGAUUCAUAUUAAUAAAUUGAAAAUUAAAAGUCAACGGAUUUAAUAGAUUCAAAGGCCUCUUCAUGAUGUGGUAACAAGUUAAACCAUAAUUGAAAAAUAUUUCAUUACAGUCAAGAAAUGAUUGUUUUACUUUGAAUCAAUAAAGGUUGCUUGAAAUAAGACGAGCCAAGAAUAAAUUAACAAUGAAAUUAAUGAGAAUCCAGUAAAUGUUUACAGAUCUAGUAUCUAAUCACAUUUGGAAACACAACUCACCACUAGGCAUUUUGGCUGGUUUAAUCAUUUACUAUUCCCUUCCAUGUUGAUCUUUCAUUUCUUUCCUAAUAAACAUUAACUGUUCCUUUCAACCAAAAUUGUUUGCUGAUCAUGUGUGCCAUAUUGGCUAUUUUACUUUCAUCAUCAGAUCCUGAGCAGAUUAGGAAAUUGGCCUUACAGUUAUCCAAAAAACAACGACAUCGUGGUCCAGAUUGGAGUGGAAUCGAUGUCAGAACCCACACUGGACCUAAGGGUGAAAAAUUGACUGAUGCUUUGGCUCAUGAAAGAUUGGCGAUUGUUGAUCUUAUUAAAGGUGCUCAACCAUUAUAUGAUUCAACCAAAGAAUACAUUCUAACCGUCAAUGGUGAAAUUUACAACCAUCGAACUAUUCGCCAGCAAAUUGAUGCAAAAGACUUGACAACCCUGAGCGAUUGUGAACCAAUCGUUCAUUUGUACAAGAAACAUGGAAAAUCAAUGAUUGACCAACUGGACGGUGUCUUUGCCUUUGUUAUAGCUGCUCCUGGUAAAGGUGAUUAUUUUGCUGCCCGGGAUCCGAUUGGUGUUUUCCCUCUUUACUAUGGCCGAGGAUCUGAUGGUUCCUGGUGGUUCUCUUCUGAGGUUAAAAGUUUGAUGGCUGAUUGUGUUGAGAUCCGUGAGUUUCCUCCAGGACAUUACUGGACUCAUAAAGAAGGAUUUCAUCGAUGGUUUAAUCCCAUUUGGUGGGAUGAGGCGCUUAUACCAAAAAAUACAAUUGAUUUGAAAACGUUGAGGGAAGCCUUUGAGAAAGCUGUCGUUAAAAGACUUAUGUGUGAUGUACCUUAUGGUGUUCUUUUAUCUGGAGGAUUGGAUUCUUCUCUGGUUGCUUCAAUUGUAUGUCGACAUGCUGCUAAUCGAGUUGAAGAAGAUGAAAAGUCUCAAGCCUGGUAUCCUAGAGUUCAUUCAUUUACCAUAGGAUUGGAGGGUUCACCUGAUCUAAAGGCUGCUAAAGAAGUUGCUAAUUUUCUAGGAACAGUCCAUCAUGAAUUUACAUAUUCAAUUCAGGAAGGUUUAGAUGCUUUGUCAGAUGUUAUCUAUCACAUUGAGAGUUACGAUGUAACAACAAUUAGAGCUUCCACUCCCAUGUUUUUGAUGGCAAGAAAGAUUAAAGCUUUUGGUUUCAAGAUGGUUCUUUCAGGUGAAGGCUCAGAUGAGAUAUUUGGUGGUUAUCUGUAUUUCCAUAAAGCUCCAUCUCCAAAAGAUUUUCAUGUUGAACUUUGUCGUAAAGUUAAAUUGCUGUCUCGUUAUGAUUGUCUUCGUGCCAAUCUAGCAACAUCAGCUUGGGGAAUUGAGGCUCGAGUUCCCUUUCUAGAUAAAGACUUUCUUCAAUUGGUUAUGAGCUUGGAUCCAUCGGUCAAAAUGAUUACUGAUCGACCUGAAGGAAAACUUGAGAAAUGGGUUUUGCGGAAAGCUUUCGAUACUCCAGAACUUCCAUAUCUUCCAAGUUCGAUUCUUUGGAGACAAAAGGAACAGUUUUCAGACGGAGUUGGCUAUCAAUGGAUCGAUUCUUUAAAGGCCUUUGCUGAAUCUCAAAUAACCGAUGCUCAGAUGGGCUGUGCUUCGACUACAUUCCCGUUUAAUCCUCCAACAACUAAAGAAGCAUAUCUUUAUCGAUCCAUUUUCAAGUCUCACUUUCCUCAUUAUGAUGCGGAUAAAUUAAUUCCUGGUGGACCGUCCAUUGCUUGUUCAACACCAACUGCAGUUGAAUGGGAAAAGGCUUGGGCUAAUCAGGCUGAUCCAUCAGGUAGAGCGAUCCAAGGUGUUCAUGUUGACUCUUAUUGACAUAUUUACAAAUAAAGGUGCUUGUCAUAUCUAAGUAGUGGAAAAUCAAUCAUAUUUUAUCCUCAAUCAAUUAGUAAUCAUUCAUCGUAUUCCUGUUAAUUAAUAGAUUUAUCGAUAUUGGUGUCUGUUUUCACGUUAAUCGGAUCAAUUUUAAAUAACAGGAUAAUUAAAGUAGGAAAAUAAUCACUUGCAA